AUGUCCCUCUGCUUCCAGAGCCAGACGAAUGAGUGCGGAGUGAAUUCACACUUUAGAGAACAGUGAAGACAAUCUUGCCAUGAAACCAAUCACAGAUGAGGAUGCAGAAAUAUACAUCCACAAUAAGGUCCUGCCACGGCAUUAUCUGGUUUCCAAAGCAGUGGAGGAGGUGCAGAAAAUCAUCCAGCAACUGACCAAAGAAAUCAGCCGUAAGGCCUCACGAUUCCAGGCUAUCUACAACUCUGGCAUUCAUAAUGAGAAUAUUAAGGAUCAGCCAGCUUUACUGGCCAAGUGGUCAGCUGUGCUUCAGGGGAAGCGCCCAUUCCACUCCUCCAUCCAGGUCUUAGCACCCAGCCAAUUCGUCAUCACCGUUCCUUUGCGUGGCCUGUUUGGGUACAGAGAACACCAGAUACGGCACUGGCGUUAUUACACCGUGCAAGGAGCCAAGCUCCACUCCUCUGUGCGAGACCCUGAGGAAUUGGAGCAAUGGCUAGAGGUGGAGCAGUUCGCAAAAAGCCUUCCACAAUGGCAUGAGACUGACGUGAACAUCGAAGGAGAUCUGGUUCCAGCCAAAGUCCUUAUCAUCUUCCGGGAGCUGGUGGAGAAGUCAAUUGUCUCCUGUAACCUUUCUGAUAAAGUGACAAUGCUGGAGAGCUUCAGUUCAGUGGUUCGGGUGGCUGUGGAGACAUCAGAAUUGCAGGUCGAGGUAGAGCUGGCCCCUGCUGUGGAGAUUCCAACUUGCUGGCCCAAGAAAUCCAAGUGGCCCCGUUGCUUUAAGCGUUGGCCUUCCCAGGAAAAAGUACAGUGCAUCAAGUCACUUGGUUUUGACCUUCUGGCCCGCUCCAAUUACCACUGGCAGCUGUGCUUCUUCCGUGCUGAGCAUGUGCUCAUGCAAGGCCUCGAUGAAGAUGGUGGUUGUCGCAUGAAGUGCUUCCGGGUCAUGAGGCAGAUGAAGGAGGAUGUCUGGUGCGCUGGAAAUAAACCUGUCAUUACAGCCUAUCACCUUCAGACAGUGCUAUUCUGGACGUGUGAAAAAUACCCACGCACCAAGGAUUGGUGCUGCUUUCCUGAAGCUUUUCUGAGACUGGUACGGAAGCUGCACAAGUGUGUAAGCCAGCACUUCCUCAAGCAUUACUUUGUCAAGAACACCAACCUGCUCAAAUAUACCAACACCAGCGACCUGGACGUGGUGGCCAACAAGCUGGCAGUCUUCUUGGAGAACCCUAUGCUCUGCCUAGACUAAGGCAGGACAACCUUGCCCCUAUUCCCUACCAUCUCUCCCCAUCUGUGAUUGUUCUUUGCAUCCUUCCAG